ACACUGAUUGGUUGAAACUCCAGGCGGGGUCCCUGUAACAGGCAUCCCAAAUUUCCAACCUUCGCCAAGUGACUGACGCUACUGUGUGACGUCGCAUCCGGCCUGGUGGGUGGGAACGAGAAACAAAAGAAGGCCAAACACGCAUGCGUGUGGUGUGUCCCGGGUUCUGGCGGGUCCUUCCGCUGACGGAGGAAAGUGCUUCCGGGUCACCGCCGGCAGCCGCCUCCCGGCGUGGAGCCAUGUCUACCUUGUUCCCCUCACUCUUUCCCCGCGUGACGGAGACACUGUGGUUUAAUCUGGACCGACCCUGUGUGGAGGAGACAGAGCUACAGCAGCAGGAACAGCAGCAUCAGGCCUGGCUCCAGAGCAUUGCAGAGAAAGACAACAACCUGGUACCUAUUGGCAAGCCAGCCUCAGAGCACUAUGAUGACGAGGAAGAGGAGGAUGAAGACGACGAUGAGGACAGUGAAGAGGACUCUGAGGACGACGAGGACAUGCAGGACAUGGACGAGAUGAAUGACUACAAUGAGUCGCCUGAUGAUGGCGAGGUCAAUGAGCCUCCUCUCUAGGUGGACAUGGAAGGCAACGAGCAGGACCAAGACCAGUGGAUGAUCUAAACGGACAAGGCAUGGCAGCCUCAGGCAGAUUCCAGACCAGCCCACCCUGCCCUGUGCUCGUUUGGAAGUAGCUGAUCACCCUAAUGCCGGGACAUUCACUUUGGGGCAUUUCCUCAGCUGCUGCUUGGACCUAGCUGCCUUGCCCCUCCCAGACCUCGAACCCCCAGGGCCUAAGCCAACUUUUCUAGCUAUUACCUCACCCCUUGGUUUCCAGGUCUACCCUUUUUCAAUAAAAACACAGCACUGUUUUUUUUUUUUUCCCCC